AUGAACCAUUUCAAGACUUCGACAAACUCAAUUCGUCACUUCUUUCGAUCCCCAAGCUCGAUUUUCAACCCUACCUCGUCCCUCAAAGCCACACCUCUACGCCGAGCAGUUCACCCUCUAUCCAUCCGACGCAGUAUGGCAUCAGCAAUGGCAAAGCGCCUCGAGGGCAAGACAAUUGUCGUAACAGGAGCCUCUUCUGGUAUCGGCAAGAGCACCGCCAAGGAAUUUGCCCGCACCUCGCCAAAGAACUUGAAGCUGAUUCUCACCGCGCGCCGCAUUGAUACUCUCAAGCAGGUUGCUGCUGAGAUCAAGGAGGAGGUUGGCGAUGGCGUUCAAGUGCUUCCUGUGAAGCUGGAUGUUAGCAACCCGGAGGAAAUCAAGAACUUUGUUCCAUCCCUGCCUGAGGAAUUCAAGGAGAUUGAUGUACUUGUCAACAAUGCCGGUUUGGUUAAGGGAGUCGCCCAAGCACCCGAGAUUGCCUCCGAGGAUAUCAAUGUCAUGUUCAACACGAAUGUUACCGGUCUUAUCAACAUGACCCAGGCUAUCUUACCAAUCUUCAAAAAGCGCUCUGAGGGCGGCCGGGGUGAUAUUAUCAACAUUGGCAGUAUUGCUGGUCGGGAGCCCUACGCCGGUGGUAGUAUCUACUGUGCCACUAAGGCUGCCGUACGAUCCUUCACCAAUUCUCUUCGCAAGGAGCUUCUUGCCACCAGAAUCCGCAUCAUCGAAAUUGACCCUGGUCAGGUUGAGACCGAAUUCUCCGUAGUCCGCUUCUACGGUGAUAAAUCCAAGGCUGAUGCUGUUUACAAGGGUGUCGAGCCAUUAACUGGUGAUGAUAUUGCCGAGGUUGUAGUUUUUGCAGCUGGCCGACGAGAGAACGUAGUCAUUGCGGACACCCUGAUUUUCCCUAGUCAUCAGGGUGGCGCUGGUGCCAUGCACCGUAAGUCAUAA